UAGUUCGUACUUGUUUAGUGUUGAAUUGGGACCAAGACAAAAAAAGUUCUUCUAUCGAAGAGGCCCGCGCUUUUUUUGUUGAAAUAAGCACAAAUGGUCUGAUUCGUGAUUUCCUAAGAAUCAACCUAGUGAAAUCCCAUAUUUCAUAUAUCGGUAGAAAAAGGAAUGAUCCAUCAGGUUCAGAACUGAUCUCUAAUAAUGGGUCAGAUCGCACCAAUAUUAAUCCAUUUUAUCCCAUUUAUUCCAAGACAAGGAUUCAACAAUCACUUAAACAAAAUCAAGGAACUAUUAGUACGUUGUUGAAUAGAAAUAAGGAAUGUAAAUCUUUGAUAAUUUUGUCAUCAUCUAAUUGUUUUCGAAUGGAUCCAUUCAACGAUGUAAAACAUCACAAUGGAAUAAAAGAAUCAAUUAAAAGAGAUCCUAUAAUUCCAAUUAGAAAUUCGUUGGGCCCUUUAGGAACAGCCCUUCAAAUUUCGAAUUUUUAUUUAUUUUACCAUUUUAAUUUAAUAUUAAUAACUCAUAAUCAGAUCUCGGUAACUAAAUAUUCGAAACUUGACAAUUUAAAACAGACUUUUCAAGUACUUAAAUAUUAUUUAAUGGAUGAAAACGGGAGAAUUGUUAAUCCCGAUCCAUGCAGUAACAGCGUUUUGAAUCCAUUCAAUUUGAAUUGGUAUUUUCUCCAUCAUAAUUAUUGUGAAGAAAGAUUCACAAUAAUUAGCCUGGGACAGUUUAUUUGUGAAAAUUUAUGUAUGGCCAAAAAGGGACCACAUCUAAAAUCGGGUCAAGUUAUAAUUGUUCACAUUGACUCUGUAGUAAUAAGAUCCGCUAAGCCUUAUUUGGCCACUCCAGGAGCAACCGUUCAUGGCCAUUAUGGAGAAAUCCUUUACGAAGGAAAUACAUUAGUUACAUUUAUAUAUGAAAAAUCGAGAUCUGGUGAUAUAACGCAGGGUCUUCCAAAAGUGGAACAAGUGUUAGAAGUGCGUUCAAUUGAUUCAAUAUCAAUAAACCUAGAAAAGAGAGUGGAGGGUUGGAACGAGUGUAUAACAAGAAUUCUGGGAAUUCCUUGGGGAUUCUUGAUUGGUACUGAGCUAACUAUAGUGCAAAGUCGUAUCUCUUUAGUUAAUAAGAUCAAAAAGGUUUAUCGAUCCCAAGGGGUGCAGAUCCAUAAUAGGCAUAUAGAAAUUAUUGUACGUCAAAUAACAUCAAAAGUAUUGGUUUCAGAAGACGGAAUGUCUAAUGUUUUUUCACCCGGAGAACUAAUUGGAUUGUUGCGAGCGGAACGAACGGGACGCGCUUUGGAAGAAGCCAUCUGUUACGGGGCCAUAUUAUUGGGAAUAACGCGAGCAUCUCUGAAUACUCAAAGUUUCAUAUCCGAGGCUAGUUUUCAAGAAACUACUCGCGUUUUAGCAAAAGCUGCUCUCCGCGGUCGUAUCGAUUGGUUGAAAGGCCUGAAAGAAAACGUUGUUCUAGGCGGUAUGAUACCCGUUGGUACCGGAUUCAAAGGAUUAGUGCAAGGCUCAAGGCAACAUAAGAACAUUCCUUUGAAAACCAAAAAGAAGCAUUUAUUCGAGGGGGAAUUUAGAGAUAGAGAUAUUUUAUUCCACUACAGAGAGUUAUUUGAUUCUUGCAUUUCAAAAAAUUUCUAUGAUACAUCAGAACAACCAUUUAUAGGAUUUAAUGAUUCCUAAGAGCGGAUUCAUCCUUUUAUUUUAUUUAUUUUAAUUAAAUUUAUUUUAAUUAAUCGCGGUCCUGUGAUUUGGAUUUGUUACAUGUGAUUUGUUAAUAGUAAUAAAGAAAGUAAAGAAUAGAAAGAAAUUAAUCGCUUGGAUCGUAUAUCAACGUCCAAUCUCCGGGAAAAGAGAAGGUUCCAUCGGAACAAUUAUUUAUUUCAGGGUACCCCGUCUCUCUUUUUCUUUUUUUCCAAGAAAAAAGAAAAAGAGAGAGAGGAAGUGUGGGGAGAAAUGAUAAGAAGAUAUUGGAACAUUAAUUUGGAAGAGAUGAUGAAAGCAGGAGUUCAUUUUGGUCAUGGUACUAGAAAAUGGAAUCCGAGAAUGGCACCUUAUAUCUCUGCAAAGCGUAAAGGUAUUCAUAUUACAAAUCUUACUAGAACUGCUCGUUUUUUAUCAGAAGCUUGUGAUUUAGUUUUUGAUGCAGCAAGUAGGAGAAAACAAUUCUUAAUUGUUGGUACCAAAAAUAAAGCAGCGGAUUCAGUAGCGCGGGCUGCAAUAAGGGCUCGGUGUCAUUAUGUUAAUAAAAAAUGGCUCGGCGGUAUUUUAACGAAUUGGUCCACUACAGAAACUAGACUUCAAAAGUUCAGGGACUUGAGAAUGGAACAAAAGACAGGUAGACUCAACCGUCUUCCGAAAGGAGAUGCGGCUCGAUUGAAGAGACAGUUAACUCACUUGCAAACAUAUCUGGGCGGGAUUAAAUAUAUGACGGGGUUACCCGAUAUUGUAAUAAUCGUUGAUCAGCAAGAAGAAUAUACGGCUCUUCGGGAAUGUAUGACUUUGGGAAUUCCAACAAUUUGUUUAAUUGAUACAAACUGUGACCCGGAUCUCGCAGAUAUUUCGAUUCCAACGAAUGAUGACGCUAUAGCUUCAAUCCGAUUAAUUCUUAAUAAAUUAGUAUUUGCAAUUUGUGAGGGUCGUUCUAGCUAUAUACGAAAUCCCUGAUUAGGAAUAAGUAAGAUAGAUUAAAUAAGAUAACUAAAUUAUUUUGUGAACUCCAUAGAUUUAUGGAAUCGGUUACUAUUCCUGAAUCAUACAAAAGAGAUAAAAUAACUGGGUAUAUUAUGUGAUUUGUUGGUAUCUAAAAUAUACAAUUUAAGUGGACAAGUCGAAAAAAAAAGAUGGUUGAAUCAAAAUAAUUCCUUUUAAAGUUUUCUUUCUUUCAGAGGGCAAUAUGAAUGUUCUAUCAUGUUCCAUCAACACACUAACACUAAAGGGGUUAUAUGAUAUAUCCGGUGUGGAAGUAGGCCAGCAUUUCUAUUGGAAAAUAGGAGGUUUCCAAGUCCAUGCCCAAGUGCUUAUUACUUCUUGGGUUGUAAUUGCUAUCUUAUUAGGUUCAGCCAUUGUAGCUGUUCGGAAUCCACAAACCAUUCCAACAGGAGGUCAGAAUUUCUUCGAAUACGUCCUUGAAUUCAUUCGAGAUGUGAGCAAAACUCAGAUUGGAGAGGAAUAUGGCCCGUGGGUCCCCUUUAUUGGAACUAUGUUUCUAUUUAUUUUUGUUUCUAAUUGGGCGGGGGCGCUUUUACCUUGGAAGAUCAUACAGUUACCUCACGGGGAGUUAGCCGCACCGACGAAUGAUAUAAAUACUACCGUUGCUUUAGCUUUACUUACGUCAAUAGCCUAUUUUUAUGCGGGCCUUAGCAAAAAAGGAUUAGGUUAUUUCAGUAAAUACAUUCAACCAACUCCAAUCCUUUUACCCAUUAACAUUUUAGAAGAUUUCACAAAACCUUUAUCACUUAGCUUUCGACUUUUCGGCAAUAUAUUAGCGGAUGAAUUAGUAGUUGUUGUUCUUGUUUCUUUAGUACCUUCAGUGGUUCCUAUACCUGUCAUGUUCCUUGGAUUAUUUACAAGUGGUAUUCAAGCUCUUAUUUUUGCAACUUUAGCUGCGGCUUAUAUAGGCGAAUCCAUGGAGGGGCAUCAUUGACUAAUUUUAUUUUCGAAAUAGUCUUUUUUAGCUUAGUGUAAGGCAAUCUAUGCCUUGUUCAAGAUAAUCUACUUCUACUUAGUGAACAUAAAUAUACACAUAAAUAGAAAUAGACAAAAAGGUCUAUAUGAUCUAAAGAAAUAGUAAAAAAAAGAUUACGAUAUUAAGGAAUUGUAAAAAAAAAAAAGGAAAGAGAUCUAAAAGAUCUUUUUCCUAGAAUUCGUUUGGAUAAUUUAUACCUUCUUCUAAUGAAUAUUCUCUUUAUAUUGUCUUGAUUAUUUUGUCCAAUUUUAGGACUCAUAAUCUGAAUAAGAAUCCUUUAUUUGUUUACAACGUGUGAUUAAAAAAAGAGGUUCUAUAGAGCGAUUUCCAUUUCAGUCGGUUUUAUUCAAUUCAACGAUUGACCAAAAGAAAACAUUAAUAAAUAAUAAAUUACAUGAACUUAGAGUAACCAAUAUAUUUCUAUGCAAUGAUUCAGACUAAUGAAUUCGUCCAUUUAGAUUGAUUGUAUCCAUGCGGGAUAAUGAUAAGGAAGAGAAGAAUUUACAAAAAAUGAGAUUCAGAAAAAAUGGAUUGUUUAGGAGGGUGGAAUCAAACUAGGUGUAUGUAAUAUAUCUAGGUGUAUGUAAUAUAUAUAUAAUUAUUAUGUAAUAUAUAAUGGCUAUGGCUAUAAGCCAACUUUCUUUUUGUGAAUGUUUCAAAAAAUGAUUUUAGAAUCCGAUUGAAUCUAAGAUACGAAUAGUUGGUUUACGUUAUGGAAAGGGACGUGUAUAUGGAAUAUUAAGUAUUAACUAGUUAUAUAUGAGUUAAAAGAUAUAUCUAAUCUGCCCGACUACUGGAGAUUUAGAUAGGGAUUCCAAUAAAAGUCCUUUCUUUUCGUUUGUAACUGUGAAUUGAAUAUUGAAUAAACAGAUUAAAUCAAGAAAAAGAACGAAGAGUUCGAAUUCAAAAAAUGAUUCGUAACAAAGAAAGAAAUGGAAAAACAAAAAAGUUGUAUGAAUUCACAAAAACUUUGUGAAUAGGAACUCAAAAAUAGAUAUCAAAGUAGUUCUGAUGAUUCAAUAAUAUUAUUGCUUCAAUUCGGAGUUCUUUGUUACUUCGACUGGAUGAAAAUCUUAUUGAUGGGAUGAAUAAUUAAGUCAUAAUUUAUUGGUUGAUUGUAUCAUUAACCAUUUCUUUAUUUUAUUUUGGUGCGAGGAACUUAUCAUGAAUCCAUUGAUUUCUGCCGCUUCCGUUAUUGCUGCUGGGUUGGCCGUUGGGCUUGCUUCUAUUGGACCUGGGGUUGGUCAAGGUACUGCCGCGGGCCAAGCUGUAGAAGGUAUCGCAAGACAACCCGAGGCGGAGGGAAAAAUACGAGGUACUUUAUUGCUUAGUCUGGCUUUUAUGGAAGCUUUAACGAUUUAUGGACUAGUUGUAGCAUUAGCACUGUUAUUUGCGAAUCCUUUUGUUUAAUCUAUAAAAAAAAAAUACGUAUUUUUUUAUUGCCUUGGACUCGCUGCUUGUUUUUUCGAAUUACGAAUUAUAUUAAGGAUUUAAUUCCUACAAUUACUUAUUUAUUUUUAUUGGGACAAUAACCCACGGGAAGGACUGAUUUGAGGAUGAAGAAUUAGUAUACUAACUCGCUUUUUUCCUUCCCCCUUCUUAGUCCAAUCGAAACCUUUUUUUUAAGGAAAUGUUGCAACAGGCAUUUUUGUUUUGCAAUUAAUACGAGACCUGUUACCGAAUUCCCGAAUUCUAAACUGAAUUUUAAUAAGAAUAAUAUUUAUUAGUAUUAGAGAUUUCAAAUUGAAAAUUGAAAAAAAAAAUGCAUUUAUAAUUCGAAUAUAAAUCGAAUAUUUUUUUUACUCUAUUUUUAAAUAGAAUAAAAAAAAAAAAAAACAAGAAAAAAACAAGAACAAUAAUAAACAAUAACAUAUAAAAUACAAUAACAUAUACACAUAUAAAAUAAAAAUAAAAUAAAUAUAAAUAAAUAAAAUAUAGAAAUAAAAUAUAUAGAAUAAGAAAAAAAAAAAAUAGAUAAUUAGUCUGUCUAUAGUCUAUAAGAAAA